UACAGGUUGAAAGCAUAGCCUCAAGCCACAGCUAGAUCCAAGUGUCUUGGUAUUGUUUGUGGCAUAUCGGUCACUGCUAAGUCUUUCGGAAGGGGUACCCUUAUUCCCAGCGAACAUUGGUGACACGAAACGCCUUGGGCGUGUCGUCACACGACCAGAGGGCUGAGUGAAUUGGCAGAGUUCAGGUGUGUUUAAUGCCUGUGAAAAUGUCUUGCUAUUGUUCUGUCCAAGUUGAUGAAAAGAGCGAGGUGGCCGUGGUUUUCUGCCAAGCAGCGGACAUAAGCUCAAGUGCACCCCCACUAUGGCCUUCAACUUCAUUCGCGCCUGGCUCAAGGUCAUCCUCCUGUCGCCAUAUCGUCUACUGCGCGCAUUGCUAGCCACGACCGCAAAUUCUGUUAACCCCAAGGCAAGAGGCAUAAAGGGAAAGAUGCCAAAAUACUAUCACGACGACGAGGCGUGGGCGGACAUUGUGCCACUUCCACAGGAUGACGGCGGCCUGCAUCCACUCGCUGCCAUCGCGUACUCGGAAGAAUACAGCGAGGCCAUGGGCUACCUGCGCGCCGUCAUGGCGAAGAACGAGUUCAGCGAGAGAGUCCUUGGCCUUACUGAGCACAUCAUCAGCAUGAACCCAGCACACUACACUGUCUGGCUCUACCGCGCCAAAACCAUCUCGGAGAUCGGGCGAUCACUGAAAGACGAAAUCGCAUGGCUCAACCCGACCGCACUCAAGCACCUCAAGAACUACCAGAUCUGGCACCACCGCCAUACCAUCAUCGACGAGCUCGGCUCAUGCGAGGGCGAACCAGAAUUCAUAAACUCUAUGCUGGAGCUUGACUCCAAGAACUACCAUGUGUGGAGCUACAGGCAAUGGUUGGUCAAGCGCUUCGAUCUGUUUGACAAGCCUGAGGAGCUAGAGUGGACACACAGCAUGAUCGAGGAGGAUGUGCGCAACAACUCUGCCUGGAAUCAUCGCUACUACCUAGUUGUUGGCGGCCGCGAGGGAAAGCCGAGUGCCGAUCUUGUGGAACGGGAGAUAGAGUACACCAAAGCAGCCAUCCGGAAAGCUCCUCAGAACCAGAGCACAUGGAACUACAUCUUGGGCAUCAUUCGCGCAGCGGAACUUCCCAAGUCGACUCUCAAGGACUUUGCGGGUGAAUUCGCUGAUGUGCGGAAGCCAGACGAUGUCCACUCGAGCCACGCCCUCGAUCUUCUAGCGGACAUAUAUGCGGAAGAAGAAGAUAGCAAAGAGAAUGCGGAGAAAGCCCUGGAGCUUUUGGCCACCAAGUACGACCCGAUCCGCGCAAACUACUGGAACUUCAGGAAAGGCCUCCUCGAUCACCCGAAGGUUGCUGCUUAAAUCCCAGUGUUAGCGUAAACUUGAAAAGCAUCACAGAGA